AGACGGGCCAUUGUCAAGGAACGCCCGAGGCAAGCGGUCAUCACGUCUGUUCUCAUGCCCGAUGUACCUCCUGGAUAUUUGCUUGUACAGACGCAAUACGUUGCGCUCAACCCAGCUGGUUGGGCCGAUAUCGACGGGGAAGAGUACAUCGGCUGUGUUAUCGGCCUCGACUACGCAGGGACUGUAGUUCAAGUUGGCGAGCAGGUGAACAGAGAGUUUAAAAUUGGGGACCGAGUAGCAGGAAUUUCGCACGGAUGCAAUAUCCUGCAUCCGAACUAUGGAGCGUUCUCCGAGUACAUUAUCGUGAAAGCGGAUGCCCGAAUGAAGGUUCCGGAGACCAUGAACCUGGAAAAAGCGGCGUCAAUGGGUGUUGGUGUUAUUACCGCGAAUAUGGGUCUUUACCGUCAGUUAGGGCCCCCACUACCUGGACCUGAGAAUGUAUUCAGCAACAAACCGGAAGGAUCUUCAGCAACUGGAUCAUUGGCUAUUCAGUUUGCGAAGUUAUCUAAGUUCAAGGUCGUCACCACUUGCUCUCCGCGCAAUUUUGACCUAGUGCGCGAUAUGGGCGCAGAUGUCUGGUUUGACUACGUCUGUUCUUGUCUUGAGAAAAUCUGGAAGUUCUUAUCACUAAUCCCGAUGAGCAUCGUGAUUCGGCAUUUCGCUUUUGCCCUGAGGCUUGGGAUCGUCGUCGCAGCUUAG